CCCGGACUCGCACUAUAAAUAGGCGCAAAAUGGUAUGAUUCAAACAUAAAAAAAACUCAAAAGUAUAAUAGAAAAAAAAAAAAAAUUAUAACGUCUUUAUUAUUUCAUGAGAAUGUCUGAGGUUAAGAUGUUAGCAUCAUCACCAAUGCUGCUGUUACUUCUCAGCCUUCUAAUGGCGUUCUUCUUCGACACCACAGCUGGACAAAUCGGAGUAUGCUUCGGGCAGAUGGGAGAUAACCUACCAAAGCCACCGGAAGUUGUGGCUAUGUUCAAGAAGUACAACAUCUCGCGAAUGCGGAUGUACGGUAACAACACUGAAGCUCUCGAAGCUCUCCGUGGCUCCAACAUCGAGUUCAUCCUCGACGUUCCCAAUCCCUACUUAAAACGUUUCGCAGAUAGCCCCGCGGAGGCCAAGGCGUGGGUCCAAGACUACGUCCAGAAGUACAACGGAGAUGUCAUAUUCAAGUACAUAUCGGUCGGAAACGAGGUGAAACCAGGGGAACAGGGGGACGUUCUCUUCCAGGCGAUGCAGAACAUUGAGAAAGCGAUUUCCGAAGCAGGCCUCCGAAAUAUCAAGGUCUCCACGACUACAUACAUGGGAGCCUUCACGGAAACGUAUCCUCCGUCGAACGGAAGAUUCAAUGCUACGUUUUUGAACUUUCUCCAACCGGUGAUACGUUUCUUGGCGGAGAAGCAAUCUCCUCUGCUCGUGAAUAUCUACACUUACUUCGGCUACAUCGACAACAGUACCAACAUAACUCUAGACUUCGCUCUGUUCAAACCGAGCAAAGAUGAAUUCAAGGACAACAACAACCAGCUCGAUUACAAAAACCUCUUUGACGCCAAUCUCGACUCAGUUUACGCGGCAUUGGAUAAACUGGGCGGGGGAUCGUUGGAAGUCGUGGUGUCGGAGAGCGGUUGGCCCACGCAGGGAGGGGAGGAGGCGAGUGAGGGGAAUGCGGGGACUUAUAUUAACAAUUUGAUACAACAUGUGAAGAAGGGAUCUCCGAGAAGGCCAGAUAAAGCUAUAGAGACUUACAUAUUCGCCAUGUUCGAUGAGAAUUUGAAGCCGAAUGAGGAUCCGUUUGAGAGGUACUUUGGGCUGUUUAAUGCUACUACUAGAGACCCUAAAUAUAGUGUUACUUUCAACUAAUCUUCUUGGAGAGACUUCUUGAAGAAGCAAGGGCUAGUAAAGCAGUGAUGCGGUAAUUAAAUGGUAUUUGUCUAUUUGAGUUUUUUUUUAAUGCAUGAGUAUUAAGAAUGUGUAAACUUGUUGUAAUAUUAAGGACUAGUUAAUGAGCCUUAACCAUUGUUUUUACUUUAUCUGUUUCAGUAAUGUAAUGAGAGUUGUUUAAAUUCUUCAGUA